AUGGAACCUGUGACAGGAGAUUUGUUUACAGUCAGAUUUGCUGAUUGUCAUUUUAAUGAAUCAGUUUUUUCAACAUUAGGAGGAGAAAAUAAACAGUUGGAAAAAGAGAUAGAUUGGAACAUAUUAUCUCUAUCUCGUUUAGAUACUCGUACAAAUCAAUGCGAACAAGAAGUUCAAAAGAUCAUUUAUAUGCAAAAUAUUGCAAAUCAACUUCCAGAUGCAUUUACUAGCCUUCCAUGGGUUACUAAAUCGCAUAUUCAAGCUGUAAAUGCUCCAAUUCGAGUUGAUGUCCCAGUGGGACAGUAUGAUAAUGCAAAUGAGUCUAGGCCAUACUUUAAAUGUGGUAGACCAAUCGGUUCCAAGGAAAAAAAUUCUCGAAAAAGGAAAGGAGCAAAUGAUCGAGUUGAUCACAAUGUGAAGGCAAUUGCUCAAGAGGAGCAUAAAGACAUAACAAUUAAUAAGACCUUACAUGAGGUUCUAGUACCUGAAAAUGAUGAAAAUGAAGAUAUCUCAAUAAGUUAUGUCUCUACGGGAAAAAGUGGAUCCAAAAUAACGUUGUUGUUGACAACAGUUGAAGCAAUGCAACAAGAUAAGGAUCUUGAGCCAAAAUCUGUCGAUAAAUUCCGAACGCCUGAAGGUGUCAAGUCAGUGGGAUACAAAUGGAUUUUUGUGCGAGAACAAAAUGAGAAAGGUGAAAUCGUAAGAUAUAAAGCACGACUUGUGGCACAAGGGUUUUCGCAAAGGCCUAACAUUGAUUAUAUGGUGACAUAUUCUCCUGUGGUAGAUGCAAUUACCUUCAGGUAUCUAAUAAAUCUGCCAGUUCAUGAAAAGCUUGAUAUGCGGUUGAUGGAUGUUGUCACGUCCUACUUAUAUGGCUCAUUGGACAAUGAAAUUUUUAUGAAAAUCCCUAAAGGAUUUAAAGUUCCUGAAGCACAUAAAAGUUCAUUCAGAAAUUCUUAUACGGAUUGA